AAACUUGUUAGCACAACACAAAGAGCCCGUGAAUGUGUUGAAAAAUAUCAUGCUUCUUGUUGGUUAUAUAAAACACAAUAUAUAUUGCUUUAGGUGAUGGACUACAAUUGAAACUGAUGAAAUUAUUUAGUUUGGAGAUCAUAUCUGAGUUUAUUUGUUACUUAUUAUGGCCAACACUUCUUGCCCCAUUGAGUUGGAGCCUAGGACACUGAAUCAAGUGCAGCUCACACAAGCAAGGGAAGUAGCUGCAGAGGUUGUUCAAAAGUUGGAACCAUGUGAAGCAUCAGCUCUGUUUAUUGAGGGACUGAUUCAUCCAAUACAGGAGGAGGAUGAUGAAAAUGGAACCCUAACUCAUGAGAAGCUUCUUCUUGACUGCAUGAAGAAGUCUGAGACUAUCCCUGACGACAAAGGUUGCCAUUGCCAAUGCGCUUGCACUACUGAAAACCUAUUUAAGCAACCCCUUUCUGCACCCUUUUGAUUAAUGCAUGCCAUUGUAUUCAAUUCCUCCUCUUGUUUUUUUUUUCUUCUCAUGCAAGUGAUGUCAAACAAAAAUAUUGCAAAUAAAGUGCAGGGUUUUCAAGGCACCAUCAAGUACAUUUUUCGUUCCUUUUAUUUUUUGGGUUUAGGGCAUGAUUUCAAGCUUACACAAACAACCGUAGGACUCUUUGGGUAGUGGGCCUACCCCAGCGUGUUCAUAUAAUUUUUAGGAUGUUAAGAAUCUUAAGAUACUGUCUUAGAAUUUACAAGUACCAUAUGUGUUUGUGUGGACUGCUGUUAUCUGGGCUUUAAUUUGUUGACAUCUUUUU